UUUUCAGCUGUAAUUUCUAAGAAAGAGUCCUAUAUAUGAUGGGGGGCUCAAGCACGGUAGAAACCUCCGCCGAAGCCAUGGCAGCGCCUGGAAUCCACGACGGAAGUGAAAUUGGCAUGGUUGGUUCAAAUUCUGGUAAAGAAGAUAAGGGUAGGGUUGAUGAAGGUGACCGGACUUUUGGAGGAAACCGUUGGCCGUGGGAAGAGACUUUGGCUUUAUUGAAGAUACGUUCCGGUAUGGAUUCUGUUUUCCGAGACUCAAGUCUCAAGGGUCCAUUAUGGGAAGACGUUUCUAGGAAACUAGCUGAGCUUGGUUAUCAUCGAAGUGCCAAGAAAUGCAAGGAGAAAUUCGAGAAUGUUUACAAGUACCACAAGAGAACCAAAGAUGGCCGAGCAGGCAAGGCUGAUGGCAAGACUUAUCGCUUCUUUGAUCAAUUAGAAGCCCUUGAUAAUCUUCAUUCACUCCGAUCACUAUCUCCUCCAAAACCUCAAACUCCUACCCCUACUUCGGCUGCAAUGCCUUGGACUAAUCCUCCUUCUGCCUCCAAUAUCCAUGUCCCAUCAUCAACAAUAAACCCUAUCAAUAUACCUCAAACCAAUGCCACACCUUCCAUAAACCUUACCAUUUCCAACCAUGCAGUUCCUAAUCAUUCUAUAAAUCCUCAUUCCCAUAACAUCCAAUCUUCUUUCCAUUACAUUUCAUCAAAUCUUUUCUCCACGUCUACCUCUUCUUCAACCGCAUCUGACAACAAUUCAGAUCAAGGGAGCAGUAAGAAGAAAUGGAAGGAGUUUUUCAGGAGGCUGACGAAGCAGGUUUUUGAGAAACAAGAGGAGUUGCAAAACAAGCUCUUGCAAACCAUCGAGAAAUGCGAACAAGAGAGAAUGGCUCGCGAAGAAGCUUGGAGAAUACAAGAAAUGACACGGAUCAACAGAGAACAUGAGAUUUUAGUUCAGGAAAGAUCCAACGCAGCUGCAAACGAUGCUGCAGUAAUUGCAUUCUUGCAAAAGAUAUCGGGACAGAAACCAAACACGGUAAAAGUGCAACCACUAGAAAAUCCUCAACCACCGCCACCUCCUGCGCCAAUAGCACCACUAUCGCUUCCGCCUCCUUUGCAGCAGGCGCAACACCAAUCACCAACUAAAGCCUUGAAUUUUGGCAACUGGAAAAUGAGUAAUGGAGGGAAUAAUGCGGUUUCACCGAGUCCUUCACGAUGGCCAAAAGCAGAAGUUGAAGCUCUUAUAAAGGUUAGAACUAAUCUUGACAUUAAGUACCAAGAAAAUGGACCUAAGGCUCCUCUUUGGGAGGAGAUCUCGGCCGCAAUGAGAAAGCUUGGAUAUAAUCGGAGCGCAAAGAGAUGCAAAGAGAAAUGGGAAAACAUCAAUAAAUACUUCAAGAAAGUAAAAGAAGGAAACAAGAGAAGGCCUGAAGAUUCCAAGACAUGCCCAUAUUUUCACCAGCUGGAUGCUAUUUACAAAGAAAGAAUCAGCAAAAACGAGAAUCACUUGGUUCUUCCGGGUAUGGGGCCUGACAGCACGAUGGUGCCGCUGAUGGUACGGCCGGAACAGAAACUGCCUCCACAGCAAGAAAUUAGCCAGCUGGCGGAGGCGACGACGAUGGAUGAAGCUGAGAGGGAAAAUGUGGAUCAGAUUCAAGAUGAAGAAGAAGAAGGUGGGGUUAGUGAAGAAUGAGAAUAUGAAGGAAAUGAUUUCGAGUUAGUAGCAAACAAAACUGCUCCAAUUGGCAUCGGCGAGUAAGACAACAAAGGGAAGCUUUUAAUCUAAGCUGACAUCAAGUGAGGCAUUGACAUGAUGGUUUUACUAUAGUGUAUUUACUGUGGUAAACAAAAAAGGACAUA